UUUGRCUAUUGAUGUUUUGGGCUUCCUGUGUCCGAGGAACCACGUUGUUUCGUCACACACACUGRAGCAAUAAUGGUGAAACUCAACGUUUCUCUUCUUAGAUACCUCACAAGGGAGGAUUUCCGAGUAUUGACAGCGGUGGAAAUGGGAAUGAAGAACCAUGAAGUUGUUCCCCCAGCCCUUGUGGCCUCCAUUGCAGCUCUGAAACAUGGCGGCUGUUACAAGAUACUAAGAGAACUAGUCAAACAUAAACUUGUUGCUUAUGAAAAUGGAAAAGUUGUAGGAUAUAAGUUAACGUAUGCCGGUUAUGACUAUUUAUCACUGAAAGCCCUCGCUGCUCGUGAUGUCAUCCAUUCUGUCGGCAAUCAGAUUGGUAUGGGAAAAGAAUCUGAUAUUUACAUUGUGGCUGAUGAAGAAGGGCAUCAGUUUGCUCUAAAGCUUCAUAGAUUAGGAAGAACGUCGUUUAGAAAACUUAAAGAAAAGAGAGACUAUUUGAAGAAAAGACAAAGUGCUUCUUGGCUUUACCUCUCUCGUCUGGCGGCAAUGAAAGAAUAUGCAUAUCUCAAGGCAUUAUAUGACAAUGGGUACCCUGUCCCAAAACCUGUGGACUUUAACAGACAUGCUGUUGUCAUGCAACUUGUCGAUGGCUAUCCACUUUGUCAAAUUCACCAUCUUGAAAAGCCUGGUACUGUGUUUGGUAACUUGAUGGAAUUGAUUGUCCGUCUGUCCAGCUUCGGUUUAAUUCAUUGUGACUUCAACGAGUUCAAUUUGAUAUUGAAUGACAAAGACGAGGCGACCGUCAUUGAUUUUCCGCAAAUGGUGUCCACAUCACAUUUGAAUGCAGAGUGGUACUUUGAUAGAGAUGUACAAUGCAUAAGAGACUUUUUCCUGCGCCGGUUUAAUUUUGAGAGUGAAAACUACCMUAAAUUCUCUGAUGUUGUACGAGCAAGAAGCCUUGAUGUGGAAAUAGCUGCGAGUGGUUUUACAAAGGAAAUGGAGAAGUCACUAGAGGAGGGUGCAGCAGCUGAUCUUGAAGAGAUGCGCAAAUCAAAGCAAAAUGAGGAUGAAGAUUUGGAUGACGACAGCUCAAUGGAUGAAGAUACUGAACAAGAGUCAACAGAGAAUAUUUCAGAACAAUUUCAAUGUGAAAAUCUAAAUGAUGAUGAUUCUUCAGAGCAAAUAUUGGAAAAGUCUGAGUGUGAUAGCAAAGAAGUUGAUAUAACAUGUAACGCUGAAACAAGAACUGAAAUGUCAACAAUACAAUYGUCAGCGGCAUCAAAUGAGGCACCUUCAUUAAUGUCAAGUAUAUCAACGUCAAUAGUAUCAAGAGAGGAGCACAAUCAGCAGUCAAAUAGUGAUGAAUCAGAUCUAGAGGACUUAAGUAACCUAAAUAGGUCCCACCGUCCAUACCGAGAUGCAACAGAUAAUUUAUCUGAAGCUACAAUGGAUGUAGAAGUGGAAAGUACAGCUUCAACAUCUUUUGAUGCUGUCGAAGUAAGAAAAAGGGUCAAGAAGAGUCUAAUGAAAAAACAACAAGCCUCAAGGAGGAAAAAGAAAGGGGAAGCAGGUGCUAUGACUCGCGCUAGACGUGAGAAAAAAGAUGAUGUCAAACAAAGCGUCAGUGCACUACAAAGUGGAUGGUAGAGUGAAACUAUAAAUUCUUGCAAUGUCAAUACAACAUUUUUACAGUGUCAAGAACGUAUGACAAGAUUUUUGCUUUUACAUUGGGGGAUUUGCUGUGGUAUUUCUGAAACUGUGAACACUCUGAUACUACACAUUUGAAAAGGAAAUACACCUACUUGCAGAAACGUUGUCAUAGAAAAUAGAACAUUUGAAUUUAGUAAAAAGGAAUAAAUUAAAACAAGACAAAAGAAAGCGUUCAGCCUCAGUGAUCUUCUUUUGUCUUUUUAAUUUAUUCCUUUUUACUAAAAUACAAAUGUCCUAUUUUUUAUGACAACGUUUUCGCAAGUAGGUGUAUAUAUAUAGCUUAAGGAAGAGUGAAUCCACUUGUUUGAAACACUGUCAAGAUGAAGAACUGAACCUGAAAAAAAGGGCAAUGGUUCAGUGCCUAUGCAAAUGAUUAUUAUAUUACGUUCAUUACCUCAACUGGAGUGCAUGGAUCAGUUUUAACAAAACUGACAAAUUUUAAGUAAAACUGCAAAAAGAAUGAAUAUCUGUACAUGGUGACAUUGGUCCUUUGUUUGUCAUCUUCUGUACUCUGACAAGCAAAGCACCAUGGCACAAUAAUUGUGGUUACAUUUCUCUUUUAUAUUGUUGAAUUUAUCAUUUAUCAUAAAGGUUGAUUUCUCCUAAACAGGCAUGGUAUAAUUGCUCAAUAAUAAUUACUAAUCUCUGUGAUUGUAAAGGAAAGAAGGGAUGGAAAAAGAAAAGGUGAAAAAAUGAAAAAGAAAGUAAUGAAACAAAGAAAGAAGUUUGUAACAAAGUUGUCUUUUUAUUUCUUGUGCAAUCUUUUAUGCGUAUGACACAUUUACAUGGUUUUACCAUACUAUACUAUAUACAGCCUUUUGCAAAAAUUAUGAGAAUUGUCUAAAUAUCUAAAUAUCAUAAUAUCCAUAUCCAUAUAUUGUCCGGAACACGCAGGUUUGCUAGAAUAAUUCAUUGUUGACAUCGAGAAAAUGU